AUGGAGAUCCAAAUUGUCGACGAGCCUGCAAACGCAACUGCGACCCCAACUGCCAAUUGCAAUAGCCCCGCGCUUAGACUCGAGCGCAAGCUAACUGUCGAGUACCGCACUCUUAGCCAAAACAAGCUUAAUUCAAAUGCUGAUGAGCUGAGCUCGCUGAAGUUCCACCUGGAUACCGUCAACCAAACUCUGGCAAAAUUUGGCACUAGCCCGAUUCAGGGGCUCGAGGACCCAGCAGUCAAGCGCAGGCGCGAGCGCGACGGCCCCAAUACGCUCAGCAGCCCGCCAAACCGCAUUUUCCUGAAGAUUUUUGAAUGGCUGUUUAGUGGCUUUUGCCCCUUGCUCUGGAUUGCAUCUAUAUGUGUGUGGAUUUCGUGGAAACCGCUGGGCAAGCCCUCCAACCCGCAGUACCUUGCUCUUGGUAUUGCAAUUUUUAUUGUCAUUGCACUGCAGGCAUCAUUCAGCGCGUGGCAGGAGUGGACUACGUCUCGAGUGAUGGCGUCAAUUACCAGUAUGCUUCCCACUGAGACUAUGGUCAUUCGCAAUGGCGAACUUGUCAAAAUUGUUGCUGGCGAGCUUGUUCAGGGCGAUAUUGUUCGCGUUCGCGGCGGAGACAAGGUACCUGCUGACCUGCGCCUUAUUGAGGUUACUUGCGAUCUGCGCUUUGACCGGUCAAUGCUAACUGGCGAGUCCGACGCUAUCGUGGCCACGGUCAACUAUACGGAUGAAAACUAUUUGGAGACCCGAAACAUUGCCGUCAUGGGCACGCACAUCACGCAGGCUCUGGCAUUGGCAUUCACCGUCAUGGGCCGCAUUGCACGCAUGACUGCAAGCAAGAAAACUGAGCGGACUCUGCUGCAAAUCGAGAUUACACGCUUUGUUACCAUCGUCGCCAUUCUAUCGCUGCUGAUAGGCGUCACGCUAAUCAUCAUUUGGGCUAGCUUUCCGAAUUUUCUUUUAAUUUCUGACGCACUGGUCAACAGCGCCGGCGUUAUUGUGGCUUUUGUUCCUGAAGGCCUGCCCAUCUGCCUCACGCUCACCCUGACCCUCAUUGCCAAGCGCAUGCAGAAUCAGAAUGUUUUGGUCAAGAACUUGACAACGGUCGAGACGCUCGGGUCAGUCAACGUCAUCUGCUCGGACAAGACUGGGACUCUGACUUGCAACCGCAUGUCUGUUGUCAACGCUGGGUUUCUAGACGCAGUUUUUACGCCCGACGCGCUCAGACAACAGUGUGCCAGCGGCAAAGGCUUUACCGCGGCUCAGCGCCUUUACGAAACGGCCGCCCUUUGCAACAGCGCUUCCUUUGACCCGGCGACAAUCGGCCUGCCCAUUGACGAGCGCAGCAUCAUUGGCGACGCGACUGACUCCUCUAUCCUGCGCUUUGCCGAGAAUAUAUGUCCGGUCAGCCAGCUGUGUGGCGAGUAUUGCAAGUUGUUUGAGGUGCCUUUCAACUCAAAAAACAAGUGGAUGCUCUCACUGCGGCAGAAAGUUGUGGCCAGCAACAGCGUGUCGUUGCCGCAACCGCCGCCACUACUGCUGGUCAAGGGCGCACCCGACGUGCUCCUUCCACGCUGCUCGACUGUUCAGGAUUCCAGCGGCCAGAUUCACCCACUCAACACGGAAAACAUAGAGCGACUGCAAGGUCUGCAGCACCAGUGGUCGGGACUAGGACAGCGGGUACUGAUCCUGUGUCGACGUGAGUUUCCGGACACCAACCCCUUUGCUGGACUCGAGGAUGACCAGGCAGAGCUUGAGCGAGUGGUUUUUAUUCACAACUGCAACCUGUGCGUCGUCGGCCUUGUGAGCAUCGAAGACCCGCCCCGCAAGGAAAUACCGCAUGUUGUUGACACGUGCCGCCGGGCUGGCAUUCGCGUGUUUAUGGUUACUGGUGACUUUGCGCUGACGGCCACAGCCAUUGCUCGCCAGUGUCACAUAAUUACCAACGAUAAAGUGGACACUAUUGAGGACGUGCAUGCUGGAUUGCUAAAGUGUGCGCAGAAUACAUUUGUCAGUGCCGCGAACAAUAUGUUGCAGCUAGAUGAAGACAGUUCGUCGCUGGUGUCAGCAAUCACGCGCCAUGAGGAUAAAGUCAGUAGUCUGGUAUUGUCUGGAAGCGAGUUCAGCAGUUUGCAAAAUGAGCACUGGGACAUCAUCUGCGCUUACGGCGAGAUUGUGUUUGCACGCACAACGCCCGAGCAAAAACUGCGCAUUGUGCAAGAGCUGCGCAGACGCGAGUUUUAUGUUGCAGUGACUGGUGACGGAGUAAACGACUCACCCGCGCUCAGGGCAGCACAUAUCGGCGUGGCUAUGGGCGGUGGCUCAGAGGUAGCCAAGGAGGCCGCCGAUAUGGUGCUUCUGGACAACAACUUUGCCUCUAUUAUUGUCGCUAUUGAGAACGGACGCCUGGUGUUUGAGAAUCUAAAGAAGGUGCUCAUUUAUCUCAUGCCCGCAGGCUCGUUCUCUGAACUUAUUCCGAUGCUUUUAAACAUGCUUCUGGGUGUGCCGCUCCCUCUGUCUGUCAUAUUCAUGAUUAUUAUUUGCAUGUUCACAGACGUCUGGGCCAGCAUCUCGCUGAUGUACGAGUCUUCCGAGUCUGAUAUUAUGCUUCGUGCGCCGCGCAAUCCCAAGAGGGAGCAUCUAGUUGACCUCAAGUUUUUUGGUCAGGCAUUUGGAUUUAUUGGUAUUCUUGAGGCGGUGUCUGCGCACAUAAUUUUCUUUGUGUUCAUGUACUGGCAUGGCGGCUUUACACCUGGGGAUUUGUUUUUGGCAUUUAACAAGUGGACUCUGGGCGAUUUUCACGGCAAGGAUCAGGCCACACUCAACUUGCUGCUUCGCACCGGGCAGUCAAUAUAUUUUUUGACAUUGGUUAUAUUGCAGUGGGGCAAUAUGUUUGCCACUCGCACUCGGCGGCUGAGCGUUUUCCAGCAGAACCCCUUGUGGGGGCCAACUCGCAAUCUCAGGCUUUUGGCCGCCAUUCCUUUUACAUUGGGCGUGGUGUUUUUGUUUUGCUAUGUCGGCUGGUUUAACCGCAUCUUUGGCACGGCGCACAUCCCUUUACCAUUCUUCUUUAUUCCUAUUCCAUUUGCACUCUUUAUCUUGUGCAUGGACGAGCUGCGCAAGCUUGUUGUGCGUACCUGUCCAUCCAGCAUAGUGGCACGAAUUGCCUGGUAG